UUCUUGUGCUAUAGGCAAAUGGUCCAAGUAAAAAGAAAAGGAAGGAAGUAUAUGCAGCAUAGAAAUUCAAACUGUUGACGAACAUCUAACGCCAUUGCAAAGGAAGAAGACAAGCGAAACACAUGGAGAAAGACCAACUCAUAUCUUCUCUUCACUCCCAAAUUGAUUCCCUCCAUUGCCGCAUUAAGAAUUUAGAGGUUGAGAAUGCAAAAUUAGCGUCACAACUUGCGAAAUGUCGCUGCACUAAGGUUGAGGAAAUUACUGAUGCUAAGUUGGGAAAUGCAGUAGUUUCAGUUGAAAAUAAUCAGAAUUUGCGGAAAAAGGGUGGCAAGAGCAGAAAAGCAAGGUUAAAAGAUAGGAAUGUGAGGACGCUGCAUCAUCAUCCAAAGAGAUAUGUCGCCCUCAAAGUCAUGUACUUUGGUCAACGGUUCUAUGGCUUUGCAUCAGAGGCCCAAAAGGAACCUACUGUUGAGUCUGAACUUUUCAAAGCUUUUGAGACGACAAGGUUAUUAAUUGGUGACAAAAAGGAUUCACAGUACUCAAGAUGUGGCAGAACAGACAAGGGAGUUUCAGCAGCUGGGCAAGUGAUUGCUCUAUUUCUACGGUCAAACCUUAAGGCUGAGACAAGUUCUGCUGGAGUCAUUCUUGAAGGACAAUGUGAAGGAGAGAUGGAUUAUGUGAAAAUACUGAAUAAAGUCCUCCCGAAAGAUAUCCGGAUUAUUGGUUGGUCUCCAGUUCCUAUGGAUUUUCAUGCAAGGUUUGGCUGUUUGAGCAGGGAGUACAAGUAUUUUUUCUGGAGCGAAAAUUUUGACUUAUCAGCAAUGCAGACAGCAGCUAAGAAGUUCUUGGGUGAACACGACUUUAGGAAUUUUUGUAAGAUGGAUGCAGUGAAUGUGCACAACUAUAAGCGAUGUAUCAUGUCAUCUGAUAUUACCACAAGCAGUGCAAAGUUCAGAGACAAAGAAAUACGGGCCAUCGUAAUUAGAGGUAGUGCAUUCCUGUGGCACCAGGUCCGAUGCAUGGUUGCUAUACUGUUUAUGAUUGGACGAGGCCUGGAGUCGGCAGAAAUUAUAGAUGUGUUACUUGAUAUAGAGAGAACGCCAAAGAAGCCUCAGUAUACUAUGGCCACGGAAAUGCCGUUGGUUCUACACUCUUGUGAAUUUGAAGGCUUGCAGUUCUUUACUUCAGAAGAUGCACGGCAGGCACUAUGUACGCACCUGCGGAAUGAAUGCCAAAAUUUGAUGCUGCAAUUCGCGAUUUUUCAGGAUGCGCUGAAUAGCUGCUCGUCCACAGAAGAUAAUGAAGGAAGGAGCUCACUAAUAAAAACGAUGGGGAUAAAGAAAUGUUUGCACAUUCCCUUGAUGACAAGACCAACUGAGCCAUCAUAUGAGGAGCGACGUGCCAAAUUGAAUUCAGGAGGCUUAAAAAAAGGGAUUCUUGGAGAUGCCAAGGAGCUGGAGUAACUAAGAUAGUGCAUGAUGAACUUUACAUGUCUUUUUUUUUUUUUUUUUUUUUCCCCUUGCUCCUGUAUAAAGUAUCACCAUUUGUGCUAUAUAAUGAGAUUUGAGCCUUUUUUCAUGGGUGGGAUACUGGGAUGUUCGUUGUAUGAUUGCAUGUUUAGGACUUUAUUUCGGAGUUUUCUAUGUUAUCGGGCUUUGCAUCAUUCUGUGUAAUGUUGUGUCAAAUUUCUUUUAUAUGCAAUCAAUUCCAAGUUUUUUUUAUCCGUCUUUACUCCUUUUGACCAAAAAAAAGGACAAAACUUGAGCAAUGAGAUGACCCCUUUUUCUCUGAAUCA